UUUUUAUUUUCUGACACUACGACGUCAAGAUAAUAAUUCCCUUCUCGAAACUUCAGUUGCAUGAGUAAUGGAUAGUAGAAAAUAUAUCGACGGUUUUUUACUACAACGGCGAGAUGCAAGUGAAGUUAUUGAAGAAUUUUCAGAUGAAAUAUCAUCAAUGUACGGGAAGUGCAUCGACAUUGGGUGCGGGCCCGGAAAUAUAACUAAGGAAUUAAUUUUACCGAAAUUACCCGGCGACAGUGUCGUCGUCGGCGCCGAUAUUUCCGAGUCGAUGAUCGAUUCGGCGAAAAAAAAAUAUCAGGAUGAAGAAAGAUUGUCUUUUAUCAAAUUGAAUAUCGAGGCGGAAGAAUUGCCGAUCAAGGAAAUUGAAAGAUAUGACAACGCUCUGUCAUUUUAUUGCUUGCAUUGGUGUCAGAAUAUGAGACUGGCUUUGAAAAAUAUUCACCAGCUUCUUCGACCUGGGGGACGUGCUCUGGUCAUGUUUUUGUCUUACAACAAUGGCUUCGAUGCUUACAAACGGUUGCAGAGAAAUCCGCGCUACAAACCUUACAUGGAGGACGUUUUGAAAUACAUCCCGGCUUAUCACAGCUGUCCUAAUCCGCGAGCUAUGAUGAAAAAAACUUUGGAAGAAGUCGGCUUUGAAGUAUUACACUGCAGUAAUAGAGAAAAAACUUUUGUCUUCGAGAGUAUGGAAAUUUUACAAAAACACAUUAUUGCAGUGAAUCCUUUUAUUAACAGAAUCCCAGAUGAGUUGAAGGACGAGUACAAAAUGGAAGUGACGAGAGAAAUAGCUGAGCAUAAAAUAUUAUUCGAGAGCCAGAAAAAUAAAUCUGGUUACAGUAUACUUGAUCGAUACGCAUUACUAAUUGCUUACUUUAGAAAACCAAAUAAUUUGUAAAUAAAAAAAAUUUUUUAAUUCAUAAAUUUAGUCUAGAUUUUUUUGA